UGUUUUUAGAGGCUACGAGGCGAAUAUCGAGUUAUCUCGCGCGUCGUGUCACUUGUAAUCAAACGUUGCCAACGUGCAAAGUUGGUCAAAGCAGCCACACCUAGCAAAAUAAUACCCACGUUAGCUCUGUGUCAUGUGUUCAGUGUUUAUCAGUUAACUGGUGUUCUCUCUCUAAAGUUUAAUAACUCGUCCGUUUACAGCCUCGUGCAUGGAAACGUGUUUUGCACCAGUGGAUGAACUAAUCGGACAAUGUAUCAAAGCUGAACUAAUAAUACAACAAUAUGAAAAACACUGCUACAAGCAAAAGUCCUACUUCCGGGUUUACACCCGAGCAGAGGUGGAUCAAUCCCUGCUGAUGGACUCAUCCAGUGGGAAACCCUCAACUGCCCAGGUGGUGGUUUUAGCCACCAGCUCGGCCCUGACCGCCCUCUUCUACACCAUCUACAAGAGCAGAGCCACGACUGUUGCCAGACUAAAGGAAGCCAAGAAAGUUUCCAUCGACCAGGAUCUGAAAAGCAUCCUGUCCGAAACCCCUGGAAGAUGUGUCCCGUAUGCCGUCAUAGAAGGUGUCGUGAGAAACGUGAAGGAAACUCUGAGCAGUCAGUUUGUUGAGAACUGCAAAGGCGUCAUCGAGAGACUGACGCUGAAGGAGGAAAAGAUGGUGUGGAACCGCACCACUCACCUCUGGAACAGCACGGAGAAAAUCAUCCACCAGCGCACCAACACGGUGCCAUUCGCCCUCGGGUCUCAUGAUGAGGGCAUCGCCGCCGCCGUCCGGGUUGUGCGUCCUCUGGAUGCCGCCGAGUUGGACCUGGAGACCACCUACGAGAACUUCCACCCCACGGUCCAGUCCCUGACCAACGUCAUCGGCCACUUCAUCAGCGGGGAGCGACCCAAAGGCAUCCACGAGACCGAGGAGAUGCUGCGGCUGGGCGACAGCGUCACGGGCGUGGGAGAGCUGGUGCUGGACAACAACCUGAUCAAGCUCCAGCCGCCCAAGCAGGGCUUCCGUUACUUCCUCACCCGGCUGGACUACGACUCCCUGCUGAGGAAGCAGAGGAACAGCGUCCGACUGUGGAGGGUCCUGGCCCUCGUGUCGGGCGCCACCGCCUGCUCGGUGCUCCUCUUCGUCCUGUGGAGGAAGUACGUGCAUCACAGGCGGAGCCAGAAGGAGAGGAGCAUGCUGGAGGAGUUCAAGGAGCAACAGAAGAAGCGCAUGCGCGAACUGAACAUCGAGGAGAGCAGCGUGUCGCCCACCAGCUGCACCGUCUGCCUGAGCCAGGAGCGCUCCUGCGUCUUUCUGGAGUGUGGCCACGUGUGCGCCUGCACCCAGUGCUACGCCGCCCUGCCGCCGCCAAAGAAAUGCCCCAUCUGCAGGGCGACUAUCGACAGAGUGGUGCCCCUCUACAACAGCUAAUGUUGUCAGGUAUGAGCAGACACGGACACGAUUAACACUGAAAACAUGUCGCCCAGAGGGACGUCGCCUCAGACGGGAGAAGAUUAAAAGCUGCACUUUUUUUGUUGUUUGUUUGUUUGGUUUUUGUUCUGCUGGCAAAUGUUAAAAAUCAAACUGUAAUUCAUCUUGACAGCGACGACGGAAUACCUCCCUUCAUCUUGAUAAAGACAAUUAAAUUUCUUUCAUCCUGA